AUGGCCACUUCUUCGACUGCAGGGUCACCAUCCGUCCAAGUACAUCAAGAAUUGAUCAAACUUCAGCCAGUUGAAUUCAGUAGCCGCGAAAAUAGUUUCUCAGAAACCCGUCUUGAUGGCAAGUACGACGAAUGCCUUUCAUCUCAUCUAAAAACCUUAGCGCCGAAAGACAAAAAGCUUCGAGAACUAAUUCCCCGUCUCGAGGCAGAAGAGAGGAUUCAAUAUGCUGCAAAAAGGAUUGAGGUUGCGAGGAGAACAUUCCUCAAAGAAGAAGCUGACAAAAUAAAGAUUUCCCUGGAAGGCAGAAAAGAUGAAGGCUCUGCUAAAGAGGAGGAAAGCAAACUUCAGGUUUACGUUCCCAUCGAAAUGCUUGAAAUUCAGGAGGAAAUCUCUCUAGUGAUGCACCUUGAAGUCCAGUCGCUUACAUGUAAACUCUGGCUUCGUAGAAUUCAGUUCAUACGGCAGCGAGAUAAACUGAGGUACAAAGAUCUUCAAGAUUUUGAGCGUGCCAUCCUCGGUGCCCAAGAAAUUAUCAAAGAGUAUCGAAGCUUUAUUCACAAACGAAGCUACUGCGAUCGUGAAAAGCUAGAAACUGACCUAAAUUACCAAGAUCGCCUGAAAAGUUCCCUCGUCGAAGCCUUAAAGGAGAAAGAAAAGUCUAAGUUUGAAAUGUUGGAAGAUGACGUCCUGAGAUUUCUUUCAAAUUGGGAUCGCAUUAACGCUUUGCUCGGUCUUCGUGUAGACUUCCUCGACCGAUUGGAAGAUGUACCGCUAGAAGACCGCGACCAUCUCACACUCUGUGACUGGGUUGUGACUUUCCUUCGAAAAAACUUUGAAUCUGUUGGCUUGACCGACGAAAGCUGUCCUAGCAAGGAAUUGCUCGCCUCUAUUGGUUUUGAUCCUCUGAGUUCAGCCGUUGAAACCAUUAUGGCGCGCGCACGAAAUCUGCAACAACAUAUCGAUGUGUGCGAAUUGGCAGAAAUUUAUAUCAAAGACGAGUUCAAAUAUAAUCUGUUGCUAUCUCCAGUGGCUUUCAGGUUCCCUUUACAAAGCAGUUUAACAAAUUCAUGGUUUCAGCUCCCUAGGAACAUCGACGUGGAAGAAGAAGUUGCCAAUCAGGUUUGGCAGGUCAAUAUUCUAAACCUCGUGACGGAGGAAUCCCUCGUUUCUGGCACCACUCGCUCGAAGCUCAACGAUUUGAUUUCACUCAAAGACGGCAAAAACGUUAUUCUGUUUCAUGGCACAGAUCAUCAAAGCGCCUGCGAAAUUUUAUUUCGUGGAAUAGAUUUGUGUCAAGGACGACAAAAGCGAGACUUUAGCUGUGGAUCAGGAUUUUAUUUGACUGACAAUAGCGAAAGAGCUUUGAACUGGGCAAAGAACACAACGGCGAAACCAGCUUUGUUAGUUUUCAAGGUGAAUCGACAAGAGUACCUAGAUCAUGCAGAAAAAUUAAACCUGUUUGAAAGUGAACAAAGAUGGAUCGAGAUUGUGUCCUCGUUUCGAUCGGGAAAGAAAACCGCCAAGACUCGUAAAAGCUUAAGUGCGUAUGAUUUUAUUGAAGGGCCAGUGGGACGAAAGAGAAGGAACGAAGUGUCUGACGAGACUGUGUACGAUCCAAAGCCUUCCUCCUAUCAAAUGUGCUUGAAUUCUGAUGACUUCGCAGACACUUUUCGAAAGACUCUCCAUUCAAUCAUAUUUUUUAAAAUCUGUUGA